AUGUCAGAAUCGAAUUCAAAUCCAAUGGAUCCUAAUAAUUCACAAAAUGAGAUGCAAAACAAUGGUUUUGCAGCUAAAUGGAGACAGAAUAGAGCAUGUGCUAGAUGUAGGAGAUUAAAGAUGAAAUGUGCUUUCGAAGAUCCGAGCUAUAAAUCAUGUAAAAGAUGUUUUGCCAUCAAUGUGGAAUGUUCUUUCGAUAAUGAUCCAACAGCCAAAUAUGCUAGAAAGAAACAACGAAAAGCCACCACACGAUUUGUUGAAAGUGUAGCCCCCGGUAUUACAUCUGAAGCUGUGACAGGGUCGAGAACUGGUGACCAGAUAUCGCAAUUACAGAACCUCAUCAAAUUGGUACUGACAUCUUUAAGUUCUUUGGAACAUGAUCUAGCAGUUACUUCAAUUGAAAGUGAGGAUGGAAAGAGAUUAAGUUCUUUAAAUACAAAUAUUCAGACAGUUAGUGAAAAAUUGAAUAAGAUUUUGAAUUCUUCCAAUACCACAAAUUUGAAACAGUUCCAAGAUUUCCAUAAAUCUCCAACCAUGGAGAAUUAUCCUUAUAUCCCAUUUAAUUCUAACAUUGCUAAAGAGAUCAUAGAAAAACAUCAAUUAAUAAGUUAUGAAGAAUUUAAAAUCAGACACGAAUUCUUCUUGAAUGAAAUGUUACCAUAUUAUCCUAUAAUAUCCUUAUCGAAAAAUCUUGAAAAUUUCGAUUAUUUAUAUGAAAAUGAUCCUUUAUUAUUGGUAGCCUGCGUUUAUGUUACUUCGAUCAAUGAUAAUGGAUUAUAUUCGACUAUAAAAGAGAACUUUUAUCGUAUAACUAAUGAAUCGUUGAAUCAAAUGUUAAAUUAUUACCUUGAAAGUUUCAUCUCCUAUCAUGUUUAUAUCAAAUCUGAUAAUUUCACAUAUCAAUUGGUUAAUUUAUGUCUCAUAUUGUCACUUUGGUGUUUACCUACAACGACAUCGGGACAUUUCAAAAAUCAAUUGAAUUUAUUAAUCGGAUUUAAUAUAUCUUUAUGUAUAGAUUUGGGGGAUAUCAGUAAGAUAAUUCAAAGUAAAAUCUUGAAUACUGUUCCUGUUUUGCCUGAUGAUUCCGAAGCAAGAAAUCAUUUAAGAGCUUUUCUUAGUGUUUAUGUUUCUUGUGGAUCCUUAGGAUUAUCAUUACCAAGAUUCAAAUUAGUUUCAUGGACAAAAAAUCAUCAUAGUGCUAUAACCUUAUUAAUGAAAGAAGGAGAAAUUGAUGGAGUAAAAUUACCUUCAAGAAAUGAUCGUUAUCUUUGUUAUUUUGCCAGAGUUAUAAGAUUGGGUCAAGAGAUCUUUGAAUAUUUCAGUCCUAGUUUAUUGGAUCCCGGGAUUUCAUCCAAUGGAAGAAAGAGAGAUGCCUUAUUCAAUAAUAUGUUAGAUCCUUCAAAUUCUCCUUUAUCACAUCUAAAAUUUGUUUUGGAUAACUAUGAACAAAGAAUGCACUCAUUAUUAGUCGAAAGUGGAUUCAUGACGUCUUCAGAACCCCAUGAUGGUAAAAAUCAGCCCAAAGAGAAAUACCUUCUUUCUAUCAUUUAUUAUCAAUUACUUAUGAUUAUCUACGACAACAUCGUAAGUAAGUACUUUGUGUUUGAAUCCAAACUUCAAAACCAACCGGGUCAGCAGGUCAAUGAUCUUGAGAAUGUUACUUAUAUUCAAUAUAUCGUCAAGUUAAUCAAAAUUUGUGAAAACCUUUUGAUAUCGUUCAUCACUUUGGGUCAAGAAAGAACAAUUAAUUUACCGACUUUUUUCUUCUAUAGACCAAUGCAUUCAUUGAUCUUAUUGAUCAAAUUAAGAAUUUUGAUAAAUUCUUCAGGAUUAACCAAGAGAACACAAUUAGUUAACCCCGAUGAUUUGUUCAUUGAUGCUGAAUUUUACUUUGAUGCUGUUUCUUCUUUAAUUCAUGAUAGUCAACAAAAAUUCAGUUCAAUAGUUUGUUCAAGAAUGUCAAUUAUCUUGUCUAGAAUUGAAAAAUGGAUGCAAUUAUCCAAUGGAAAGAAAUCACAUAAACCUUCCAAAAGUGAAAAGACUGAAGAUAAUGAAAGUUCGAAUCUUGUAAACUUAAUCGAUACUUCUAAAGAAAUCGAAAAUUUAAGAGCCCCAAAAGAAGUGGAUAUUCAAUCUGCUGACUCAAGUGGUCCUUCAACUGCUCAAAGUGAAGGUAAAGCUCCUCCAGAAGUAAGGAGUAAUAAUGUUCCUAUCCCAACACCAUCCAAUGGUGUGGAGAUGAAAUAUCCAUCGAGACAUUUGUCCCAAAUCACCACAACCCCAUCAAACUUAUAUGCCAAUUCCAUUCAAGAGAUCUUUGAAACCAUUGAUUCUGAUCUUUUGAAUUAUUUGAAUCCUUUAGAGGCCAAUAUUGAACUUGAUUCUACCUUUAACGAAUUGGCAUCUACUGAUUUCAAUCUCGAACCCAUGAAUUUAAAUUCUGGAAUGUUCAAUAAUGGACUCAAGGAUAAUUCUAAUCAAUCCAACCAAUGGUGA